AUGCUUCCAGCACGGCCUAUCCCAGCAGAUGAGAUGGAGGUGGGCCUUGGGAUUCAUGGAGAGCCGGGCCUUCGGGUGAAGGCCACCGCGAGCACCACCGCCAAGGAGAUCGUUGAGACCAUCAUGUCGCAAUUGGCCAAGCACGUGCCUCGGAAGGUGCCACUUUGCGUGAUGCUCAACAACCUAGGCUCUGUGCCCGUCUUGGAGAUGCAGCUGAUCGCAGGGCAAGUGAUGAACAGCGAGUUGGGCCCACGCAUCAAAUUGCUGAUUGGGCCAGCUCACUUGAUGACCGCCUUGGACACCAACGGCAUCUCCAUCAGUGUUUUACCGUUGGAAGACCGUGCCUCGCGCGUUGGCACCGCGCUCGCCUUGGAUGCGAAGCGGGACGGCGAGAAGGAAGGCGGCCGCCAGCGGAGCAAAAGCGUACAUUUCCGAGACCAGCUGGAGGAUGGCCACGAAGUGGCUGGAAAGGAGACUCAGGAGGACAUGGCCAAGGACAAGGAAGAAGAGGGCUCCGAUGGAUUCAUCCUCGACAAAGAGACUCUGAGAGACCAACGAGAGGCAGAACAACAGCAGCGGCUGUCCUUCUUUAUGAAGGGUGACACCGAGAAGAAGAUCAUCACAGAUGAAGAGGAAGCGAGUUCGAAGGCGGUGGAGUCCAUGCGCUCGGACGAGCACGAGACCUGGGCGCAGCGGAGGAUGAUCAGCUUCACGGAGACGGAGCUGGGCGUUGGAGAAGGGAAUGACGAGGAAGACUUGACCUCCGAGAUGGACGAGGCCAUCCACGAGCCUUCGUUGUCGUUGCGGGCGCAGCGCCUGCUGGCACCGACGAGCUGCACAGGUUGGAAGGAGGCCGUCAUUCCGCGAAACCCACACAUCGUCAAGAGAUACAACCCACGCCCGCACAUCGCGAAAAAGCACCAGCAUCGGCACUGCAAAGAGGAUCAUCCCCUGGUACGCUCCAUGUUGACGCGAGCCUGCCAGGCAGUCCUGGACAGCGAGCAGGAGCUGAAUACGCUGGACGCGGCCACUGCAGAUGGCGACCUCGGUCGGAACAUGGCCCGCGCUGCCCAGUUGAUCAUGGCAUCCUUGAACGAUGGCCUUUUGCCCAUGGCCCGUCCAGCCUUGCUCUUCUUCCGCCUGGCGGACUUCCUGCGGGGAGUCGAUGGGACCUUGUCCGCGCUCUUGUCGGUCUUUUUUGGACGCGCCGCGCGGUAUUUGACGCAGCGGGGUGUGGAGCGUCUACAGCGGAAGGUGAAAAGCCACCGGAAGAGCCGGAAACGCGCUUUCCACCUCCCCUGGAUUGCAUCCGACGUCUACUGUGCGUUCUGCGCGGGGGAGCAGGAGGUGGAAGCGGUGGCCGAAUCCUCAGAAGGGCAGCGCACUUUCUUGGAUUCUUUGCUUCCAGCUCUUCGUGCCGCUGGAAAGAACAUCCACCCAAAGACGGAGGAUCAAGAAGGGGAGCUGUGUCUUCCACUGUAUGACGAUGAAGAUGAUCUGGAAUUGAGCCAUUUACUUGCUUGGGGUCGACAAAGCAGCAUCGGCAGCGAGCAGGAGGACGACGAGAUAGACAUGGGAGACCAGGAGGACGUCCACGUGCCCUGGGAUGCCAUUGCCACUGCAGCACAAGAAGGCGCACGAGCGACAGCCAGCAUGAAGUCCACGCCUUGCUAUGGCGGAUUUCUGGGCGACUGUGAUUUUUGCGAUGGCGGUGCCAUGGUUGUCGCCAUUGUGCUCACUGCCAUGGCGGGGCCCAGUGAAGGACUGUUACAGGUCACCAAAGAUGAAGAAGUCAAGCAGGUUCUGGACAUUGGCGAGGCCAUCGGGCGUGGCUCCUUUGGCACCGUGCACAGUGCGAAGCUAUGUGGUAAAGGUGAUCAUCCUCAAGUGGCAGUCAAGAUCAGCAAACGCUCCAAGGAGAGCGGGCCCCGGAGCUUCGGGGAUUUGGAUUGCUUAGAUCGGCGGAUCGUGUCAAAUUGGCUGUUCAUGAACAAGCCCAACGUGACCCACGUGUAUCAGGUCUUGGUGAGUCCAACGUUCCUCUACGUGGUCAUGGAGCAUUUGGAUGGGCCCGACCUCUCGGACUGGAUGCUCUCCGAGGAGGGCCAAGGAAGAAGCGAGCUUUCAGCCAUGAGGAUCCUUUACGAAAUUCUGCAAGCAGCCCGUGAAGUCCAUCGUCAUGGCUUUGUACACAGAGAUUUGAAGUUCGACAACUUUCGCUUUGCCCAUGGCCCCAAGAGUGAGUUGAAGUUGGUGGACGUGGUCGGGACUAUGUGCUUUAGACCUGACCGCUUGGUGGCAAAGAGUUGGUGCGGCACCGGGCCCUUCUUGAGUCCAGAAGCAUUGCUGGGCGAUGUGAGUCCCGCAGUGGAUAUGUGGGCGAUCGGCGUCAUGGCCUUUACCAUCCUCAGCGGCGAUUUGCCCUUCCAGGCAGAUUCCCUGUCCGAGCUGCGGGAAGCCCAUGCGCAUCCGCUGGAGACGGAGCACAUCUUCAGCCACGUGUCACCCAAGGUGAAGUCGUUGGUGAUGCAGCUCUUGGAUCCAGAUCAGGAGAAGCGGCUGACUGUGGACCAGGCGUUGGAGCUGUUUGAGAUCGGCGACGGGCUCCUAUGCUCCGACAGCCAUGGUCGUCUGCCCUUAGCCAAGAUUCAACGCGUGCGGAGCCAAUCUUGGAGCUUUUGCCCAGACAUGAAGCCACCAGAGGUGAAGACUUUGUACCUCAUCCGUCACGGAGAAGCAGUGCACAACAUCCAAGAAAGGCAAGCGACACAAAGCGCCAAAGCGCAGGCCAUGAUGGAAGGCUUAACGCCGAGCUCCAAGGAGUUCCAACAGCGGGUGGAAGCCGCCAGGCGACAGGUGCUUUUGGAUGAGACCUUGCAUGAUGCAGCCUUAUCCCCCAGCGGCAAGAUGCAAGCUUUGGAUGCAUUGGCGGAGAUCAAGAGGCUGACCAUGCAGGGCUAUCCACAACCCACGGCCAUCUAUGUCUCUCCUUUGCAGCGGACCUUGCAGACGGCAGCCAUCCUUUUCCCAGAACACCCUGGGAUCCAUGUCCGGGAGGAGCUGCGGGAGCGGCGUACCGGGCUGCCCUGCGACGAGCGGCAGCGGGCGGACCUGGUGGCCAUGCGGCAGACCUUCAACUUCAUGUCUUUCGACGAACUGAGGAGUCACGACCGCCACUUUCGACGGGCACUCAAACUGGCUGAGACGCAGGAGGACAAGGAGGAGCUUCGCGGUCGCACUGCCCUUUUGGAGGCUUUGAUGAGGGAUCAGGUGGAUUGCCGCAGUAUGGCCGUGGUGACGCACAAGGGUUACUUGCGGGAGUUAGAACGAGGCCCGCUACAGAACCCGGAAGCGAAGGAGUUCGGCAACUGCGAGGUUCGUGUCUACCAGGUCACCUUGCCUGCUGAAGGCGGCAUGAUGGCCAAGAAGCUGCAUGGAUGA